AUGGGAAAAAAUGAGCCGCAGACAUUCGGGGGAACGUUCUCAGGAGUUCUAUACAGCCUGGUCUUCUGCCUCAGUCUGACGGGGAACACCUUUCUGCUAUGGGCGCUGCUGAGACACGAGGACCUGAGGAAGACCACCAACCUCUUCCUCCUGCAGCUCACCAUCUCUGACCUUCUCCUCACCUCCUCCCUCCCCUUCUGGGCCGUCUACCACCUCCAUGAGUGGGUCUUCGGGGCCCUGGCAUGCCACUUUGCCGUAGGCGCCUUCUUUCUUGGAUUUUACAGCUACAUGCUGUUCCUGACGGCCAUGACCGUCGACCGCUACAUCGCGGUGGUACACGCCUUGUCGGCCACAUGGGCGCGGAUGCUGCGCUACUUCAAACUGACGAGCGCCGUGCUGUGGGCAAUCAGCGUGGCGGCGAGUGUCCCUGAGGCGUUCUUCUCACAGACAAGGGUCAGCCACGACGGGACGCUGUGUGAGGCCUCCUCCCGGCCCCUGGCCUGGGAGCUGCUGGGAUACUACCUGCAGAUAUGGCUCUUUUUCCUCCUGCCCUUCACAGUCAUCCUCUUCUGCUACGUCAGGAUCUGGGCCACCAUCUCCAGGUGCAGGUCGGGGAAGCGCCACCGGGUGGUCAGGCUGAUAUUCUUCAUCGUGGCGGUCUUCUUUGUGUGCUGGGCUCCCUACAACAUCGUCCUCUUCCUCUCCUCCCUCACUUUGCUGGGCUGGGAUGCCCCUCAGUCGCUCGAAUACGCCUACUACGUCUGCCACUCCCUGGCCUACUGCCAUUGCUUCCUGAAUCCCGCCUUCCACAUCUUCGGCGGCGGGAAGUUCUGGAAAUACCUCUCUGGGAGAAGGCUGUCCAUCAGGUCCCCGUGGAGCCAGCCCUCUCAGAGCAGCGGGCACAGAGCCUCAACCUCCCACCACACGUAUGUGUGACCG